AUGAACGGCACUGACCAUGAUACUGAUACCAAUGACGCUACAGCUCUGACGAGACUGCUCGAGGUCUCUACUACAGUACUUCAUCAGGCGGUUGAUCUUGUGGACAAUACCUUGACGACCGAUGAGCAGCUAACUGUGCAUUCACAGUACAUGCCCGGAUCAACGAUUGGCAAACAUCUAAGGCAUGCCAGAGAUCAUUUCGUUCUUCUGAUGGAUUCCCUUUCAACGCCUGUGCCUCAUGCAUUGGACUACGAUGUCCGGAUACGAAACACACCAAUGGAGACCAGCCGGCAGGCCGCAAGAGAUGCCUUGGAUGCGGCGAUCGGUCAGCUAGAGAAAAUCGUUCCUGACACAAAAAUGGACGAGCAGAUUACCCUACAUGCAGUUACGCCAUAUCCGCAAGUCGUCCAAACAACCUUCGGGAGAGAGCUGUGGUUUGCCUGUUUGCACGCCAUACACCAUUGGUCAAUGGUCCGCGUUAUUGCCGGAGAACUUGGUCUCAAGCUUGAGGAUUCAUUUGGCUUCGCACCGUCCACAUUGGUGCACGCUGCGAGUGGAUCGAAGGCACCAUUGGGCAGGCCCAAAAUGUAG